AUGCCUCUGCCCAGGAUGACCCCUGGCAUCUUGAGCCACUUAGACCAGCAGCCAGCUUCCUUUUUAUCAAGGAGCCCAGAGGGAGGUAGUCCUUUCUGUUCAAGGCAUCUCUUCUAUCCUCAGCUAUGUUACCAGGGACUACACCCACCCAAAGCUCCACACCGAGGACAGACCAAGCUCCAGCUUGCACUGGCUAAAUGUUAUGAGAACGAGGGUGACGAUCAACUUAUUCAUCAUGAAUCACCAAUGUUCAGUAAUGCUACUAAUUGCAAACCUGUGGUUCGCAGCACUGGUGCUUCCAGAAUAUCAUCCUUGCAAGACCUGAAGAAGGAUGAACAAAGUAACGGCUCAGCUGAUGAGGGUCAACGCUUCUAUGCAGGUGGUUCUGAGCACAGUGGCCAGCAGAUAGUUGGACCGCCAAAGAAAAAGAAUCUAAAUGAAAUUGUAGAUGAUCUUUUUAAAGGAGCUAAAGAACAUGGGGCGGUUCCAGUUGACCACUGGACAGGAGAGGCAAACAGAGCUUUGCCAUUCACUGGUGGUGGAUACCGAUUGGGAGCAUCAUCGCAGGAACAAUCUGAAUAUGUGUUGCAAGAUAAAAAACAAGAUUCUAAUCUCGAUGUUCAAAUUUUGCUGAAACUGUGGAAAAAUGGCUUCAGUCUAGAUGAUGGAGAACUGCGUACCUACACAGACCCUGCAAACGCUGAAUUUUUAGAAUCCAUUAGCAGAGGGGAGAUUCCUGUUGAACUGCAAAAAAUGGUUCAUGGCAAUCAAGUAAGUUUGGAUAUGGAGGAUCACAGAAGUGAAGAAUAUUUAAAACACAAAUUGAAAUUCAAGGCAUUUUCUGGAGAUGGACAGAAAUUGGGAAGCCCGACUCCAACCAUAGUUAGCACGCCAUCUUCUCCUGAGGAAGAGUUCAAAUAUUUUGUUAAUGUUGUGGAUAUAAAUGAUUCUGAGCCAACUACCAAUAUUCAGGUCCGUCUGGCAGAUGGAAGUCGUCUGGUGCAGAAGUUCAAUCAAACUCAUCGAAUUAGCGACAUUCGUCACUUUAUUAUUCAGCACCGCCCUACUUAUGCUGCUUCCUCCUUUGUAUUGAUGACGACUUUCCCAAGUAAAGAGCUGAUAGAUGAAGAGCAAACUCUGCGAGAGGCCAAACUACUUAAUGCAGUGAUUGUUCAGCGUGUGAAGUAAUUUCACCUUUGUAGGACUGUACAGGAUAGUACAAGCUGGACAAAUCUUUCAAUAUACUGAAUUUACACAACAUGUGCCACAUGGUAAAAUUCCCAUGACACUCAUCUCAAACCAACUUUGCACAACAAGGAGAGAUAAAGGUGUUGUGGACCUGCAGCAGGAGGCUAUCCUCACUUUGCUAUGAAGGCCUUAUGAGAACACUUGCCUAUACAGAAAAGACAUACAUUUAAUACGUACAAGUCUACUCGUUCUCAAAUGGGAAAUUCUCUCACAUAUCAGUAACUGGAAAUAUUCUGCAAAAGUAACUGGAGAUUUCAGAUAACUUACAAACUUGAAACUUUGUUUGAACAACCACUACUGUAUUUGAGCUAGUUUCACUCAAAUUUUCAAACAGCUAUUGUAAGUUGUGCAUCUGGAGAUUAAAAAUGCACUAGUUG